AUGUUAACAAUGAAUCAAGCACCAACCACACCUACCACCAGUAUUAGUACUCCACCAAUGCAAAAUCAUGGAUUUGGUUUUGCUACACCUAUAAAUUUGACAAAUAUAAAUAACAUAAAUAAUCCUAAUAAUCCUAAUAUUCACAGACUUCCAGCCUCAAUACCAAUGCAACCACAACAACCUAAUCCUGCCAUACAAGGAAUUCUUAGAAUUUUAUUAUUUUUUGAAUAUUUAGCAGCAGAGAUGUCACCAAAUAAAAAAGAUAUAUCGUAUUGGAGAAGAACUAUAUCAGAGUUCUUUACAGAAGGAGGGAGAUUUUUUUAUUCAUUACAAAGUUCAACGGAUUUAAAAAAUAAAAAAAGUUUUGACUUACCAACACCACUGAUUGCUAGAUUUUUCCAAGUAAAUUUUGAUUCAGGCGUAAAUUCAAUACAAAUAACAAUGAAUAGUGUCAAGGAAAGUCUUGGUAAUCAACUUACAAUAAAUAAUAAUCUGGAGAAUAAAUUAAUUAACACAAUAGAAGCAAAAUCACAGAUGAUCUAUAAUUAUGCCAAUGGUUCAAGGGUUGUGUUUAUUGGUAGACUAAGGAUUCGUCUUAAUUUAAGUACAAUGAUAGAAUAUUUUGAAUUCCUUACAGAUGAUUAUAUAGAAUAUGUGCCAAGAAAUAUAGAGACAUCAUGUCUUAUUACUGAAUAUGGAAUAACGAUGAAAACUUUAAGAUGCUUAGAGGUUGCUGAAAUUGUGGUUACAUUAAAUGAUAUAAUAUCGAUGACCAUUGAGCAAAAGAAAGGACCUCAACGUAAUAAUAAUAUACCUCCCACACCUAAUCCAUCGCCACCCUCUAAAACUACUAAUAGAGAUAAAUCAGAUAAUAAUAGUAUCAAUGAUAUCAAUAUCAGUAAUAAUAAUAAUAUUAAUGGUACAGAUAAUAAUAACGCACAGUCUUUACCAUUGUCAUCUACUAAUGAUAUUUCAACAUCAUCACCAUCAAUAUCAAAUAAUAACAUUUUAAAAUCAGAAUCACCAAAACCAAUAAAACUACUGAACCAAC